CGGGCGCCAUGGCGGAGCAGCUCUACCUGGACAACAUCGACGAGUUCGUCGUGGACCAGAACAGGAUCGUGACGUACAAAUGGCUGAGCCACACGUUGGGGGUGCACGUCAACCAGGCCAAGCAGAUGUUGUACGAGUACGUUGAAAGGAAACGGAAGGAGAAUUCAGGAGCCCAGCUACACGUCACGUAUUUGGUGUCCGGCAAUCUCAUUCAGAACGGGAGCGCUUGCCACAAGGUCGCAGUCGUUAGAGAAGAUAAAUUGGAGGCGGCGAAGUCCAAGCUCGCCGUGACUGCCAGCAUCCAUGUCUACAGCAUCCAGAGAGCCGCGCUCAAGGACAGUGGGCCUCUGUUCAAUACCGACUACGACAUCCUGAAAAGCAAUCUGCACAACUGCAGCAAGUUUAGCGCCAUUCAGUGCGCGGCUGCCGUCCCCCGGGCCCGGGCUGAGAAUUCUCCCGAAAAGCUCGACCAGACGACCCCGCGGACGUCCAGCGAAGCACUUCCCGUCAACGGGCUCCCCUCCAACGGCCACGGCCCGGCUGUGGCUAAGCCCACUUCCCACCCGCCUAGAGGGAUCAUGGGAAUGUUUGCCAACAAACCGGUUUCCAAACCCCAGGACUCUCAUAAGGAAACCAAAACAGAAGCGAAAGAAGCCGCAAAUGCGUCUUCAACAACCAGCAAGCCACCAGGGAAAGGGAGUGUGAUGAGCAACUUUUUUGGAAAAGCUGCAAUGAAAAAGCUUAAAGUCAACGCGGAGUUAGACCAGAAGGGGAAGGAAGACAAAACAACAGCCCAGCCCCCCGUUGUCGAACCUGAAGUCAAACGUCCCCCCGGUACUGGCCCAGAGAAACCCUGCUUGAAAACCGAACCCGUUAAAACACAGCAAAAGGAGAAAAAGAGCGCUCGAGAGAAACGGCCCCAAAUUUCGGAGGCGGGGGCUAAAGACGAUGCAAACAAGAAGAAAAAGAGACGGAGAAUUAAACUUCCCGAGUCUGACAGCAGUGAAGAUGAGGCCGUGCCAGACUCUCCAGGGGCUUAUGAAGCUGAAUUACCACCUGCACCCCCUCCUCCUCUGCCUCUGAAGAGCGAACCAGAACCUCUUUGCGUCAAGACCUCGAGUGGGGAGAAGAAACGAAAACGGAAGCGGGUGCUGAAAUCCAGAAUGUUUACGGAUGAGGAAGGCUGCAUGGUGACCGAAAAAGUUUACGAGAGCGAGUCCUGCACGGAUAGCGAAGAAGAAGCGUGUAAGUCCAAAGCAGCGGCCGUGAAGGAGGAGCCCAAGGAAGAACGGAAGAACGUCAAGAGGGGGCCGACCGCCCCGGGGAAAGCCAACAGACAAGCGUCCAUCAUAGGCUUCUUCCAGAAGAAAUGAGGGGGCCAGAAAUCCAUUUUCAUUUGAGGAGGCGGCCAAAGGAGCCUACUGGGAAUUUUUACUUACUGUGUAAGUAAGUUCCCGGGUCCCUCGCCCUUUCUUUCCAUUCAGAGACCGGUCUUUCAGUGUGGGGAGAUUUAUGCCGUUCCUUGCACUGGAAACGAAGCCAACUGGACACAAAACAAUUCUGUUACCUUCUGAGCACACCUUUUUUACUUGAUUUUGUUCUUUAAGCUUUAUCACUGUCCUGAGAGUAGUUUCAACAGCAGCCAGGAAUCUAGAAUUAAAGAGCUAUUGAGUGGUAGGUGUGAGCACCCUCCCGAUCUCUCCAUCCUCCGAUCCCCCCCACUCCCAAUUCCACGUUGAGGUGCAAGCUCACAUCAGCUGAGCAUUGUCCUCUCGCGUGGCCCUGGCAAACCCUCCACACCCACCUCUUCUUCAUCGCUUCCUUGGAAAGGUCAUGUCGAUUUAGCCCUCCGUGUCCCGAUCCUCUUUGCUCGACAACACGCGGCAACUCCUGUCGGAACAGAAAAGCGAUCCUAUCCUCGGUCCCUUUCAGCGGGGAAGCCUUCUAGGUCUUCCCUUGUAAUCUGUGACGAAGCAGGUGAAGCGCCUAAAGGGGGGCGAGGGGUGCCCUCGUUUCGUAAGAAAUUCGAUGUCGAUCCUCAGGGCAGAUGGGUUAGCGUGUGGCUGAGUCACCUUUCUGAAGGCGAUUAUUAGCCGGAAUCGGGAAGAUUGGGAAAGGAACGCUUUCUUGUGUUGAACCCAGAAAAGCCGUUGGUUCGGAAGCAACGGGAAACUAACCCUCUGGUAGCCCCCCGAGAACGCGAGAGCACUCAAAGUCAAAUGAAAGGUGAGAGGUGAAGGUCAAAAUCGACCCUUUUAACUCACUUUAAUUGUAUCGUCAAAGACACCCCCUUCCAUGAGGUAAAUAAAGGACACUGAUUCCGCCGG